AUGGCACAACAACAACCUGCAAUGAUCGAUUCACUAGACUUUGCAAUCCUCGGUGCAAUUGGUCUAGGAACUGCUGCCUGGUUUGGCAGAAAGAAGAUUGCCGAAAGAUUCUUCAAGGCAGCCCCACCACCACCCCCUGCCCCUGUUCAAGCACCCAAGAACGAACGCAAUUUUGUAAAGAUUAUGCAAGAACAGGGCCGUCGAGUCAUCUUCUUCUAUGGCUCUCAAACAGGUACAGCAGAGGACUAUGCUUCUCGCCUGGCCAAAGAAUGUUCCCAAAGAUAUGGCGUCAGCUGCAUGACGGCCGACAUCGAGCUCUACGACCUUUCUUAUCUCGACACCGUUUCGCCUGACAUGCUCGUCUUUUUCAUCAUGGCGACCUAUGGUGAAGGCGAACCGACCGACAAUGCGGUCGAGUUCUGGGAGCUCGUGACCGAAGAAGAACCGGCGUUCUCCAAGGAUGAGUCAGACCCCACAACCUCUCUAAAGAACCUGCGCUAUGUCAUGUUCGGUCUUGGCAACCGCACCUACGAGCAGUACAACGAGGUCUGCCGCAUCCUCGACAAGAAGCUCAUCAAUCUUGGUGCCCAGCGUGUUGGAGAACGCGGUGAAGGUGAUGACGAUGGGUCGCUUGAGGAGGACUUUUUGACCUGGCAGGAGACAAUGUGGCCUGCUUUCUGCGAGGCCUUGGGUGUAGACGAGCACAGCGCUCGAUCAGGUCCUCGUGAAGCCACGUAUAAGAUCGAUGAGUUGGAAAUCAGCCCGGAUUCGGAUAACGUUUAUCUUGGUGAAUUGGCAGAAAAGUCAGACAAGAGUAAAAUCAUCUAUGAUGCCAAGCGCCCAUAUCUUGCUCCAAUCGAAUCCCGGAUCCUGUUUGACGAACCAGACAGACACUGCCUCCACAUCGAGUUCGACAUCACCGACUCCAACCUGAUCUACCACACCGGCGACCAUCUGGCAUUGUGGCCAUCGAACAGCGAAGUUGAGAUCGGACGCCUGGCCAAUGUGCUGGGUAUUUCGCACAAGCUUGACCAGGUAGUGGAUGUGUGUGCUGUAGACAAGGCUGCGGCCAAAAAGAGCCCCUUCCCGGUCCCGACCACCUACCGCACCAUCUUGCGCCACUAUCUUGACAUCUGUGCCCCUGUCUCGCGUCAGACCCUGAUGGCCUUGGUAGAGUUUGCGCCUGAAGAAAUCAAGCCUCGGCUGCACGAGCUGGCCACCGACAAGGACGCCUACCGCCUGCAGGUGAGCGAGGCUGUGCGUAAUCUCGGCGAGGUGGUUGAGUACGUUGUUUCUGGCGGCGGUAGUCCGGAGGGUGUUUUGGCUGGUGUUCCGUUUGACUUGAUUGUCGAAAGCAUCUCGCGCCUCCAGCCACGCUACUACUCCAUCUCGUCUUCGUCCAAGGAAACACCCAAGAAGAUCUCGGCUACCGUUGUCACCCUGGCCUACCAGCCAACCACCAGUCCGGAGCGCACUGUGUACGGUGUCGCGACCCACUUCCUCUACAACGUCUAUGCCAGGAGCCACAAUUCAAAUGAGGUCCUCAAGGCUGGUGGUUACCCAACCUAUGAUAUCCAGGGUCCACGCAACACUUACCUGGAACCCCAGGUGCGCCUGCCUGUCCAUGUGCGCCGAUCGACCUUCAAGCUGCCCCGGAACCCAGCCUGUCCUGUGAUCAUGAUUGGACCCGGAACUGGCGUUGCUCCCUUCCGUGCGUUCGUGCGCGAGAGAGCCUUCCACAAGAAAUCCGGCAGACCGGUUGGACCGACCCUGCUGUUCUUUGGAUCUCGGACUCAGCAAGACUUUUUGUAUGCGGAUGAGUGGCCAGGUCUGUUCGAGACCCUAAACGAAGAAAAGGAAGGCGAGCCAAACACAGCAUCUCGUCUGAUCACAGCCUUUUCGCGCGAGUCGGCCAAAAAGGUGUAUGUCCAACACCGCUUACAAGAAACCGGAGAAGAGGUCUGGGGGUUGAUUAACAAGGGAGCAUACCUCUAUGUCUGCGGUGAUGCCAAGUCUAUGGCUCGCGAUGUACACCAGACCUUUGUCAAUCUUGCGGUUGCCUAUGGUGGCAAGACUGAAGAGCAGGCCCAUGACUUUAUCAAGACACUUCGGUCUACCGGAAGAUACCAGGAAGAUGUCUGGAGU